AUGAUCCACAUAGCUGUCUCAUCUGUGCAGACUGGCAGGUUAAUCCGUGUGUUUUCUGCGCGCGACUACGAGGCCCGGGAAGGCCAUGGAAAUGAUGGCGCAGUGCUUCUGAUCACCAAAGGCAAGCCACGCAGGAAGGAAGAUCCGAAGCAGUUGGAUGACUUGCUCGUGGUGCGUCCUCAAGUUCUACGGUCUGUGAAAAAGCAGAGAGCAGAGGCAAGGCGGCGAGCCAUGGAAAGUGGCGAGGCUCAGUCUUCGGACCCUGGAGAACUCGAAUUCACCAGGAGAUUGAGCAACAGCUCCCGUGGCUCCCAAGAAUCUCAGGGCUCCCGUGGCUCAAGGGGAGUUCGUAUCGGUGGUCGGAGACCGAGCAGAACUGGUGGGGACAGUCCUCGUAGAGGCCCUUGUGCCAUGUGUACUGAUGGGGACGAUGUGGAGAAUUGGACCCAAUUGAAAUGA